AAAUAAUAUACGUAAGUUAUCAAUUUCUAGUUCGUUGUGUAGCCUCUAGUAGGCCUACAUGUUGAACAAGUUAUUGCGAUGAAGGAUAGGCACCAAUCAGAAGAAUCAAGAAUCAGUGACAUCAUCCCAAUUGCGAGAAUAACUGGAAGCUUGAUGAGGGUGGUUAAUUAACAAAAAGUGAGUCCCUGUAUAACAGCCAUGAAGUCUAGGUACACAACAAUAGACCUGCGGGCCGCCAUAUCUGAGUUGGGAGUGAGGCUGAUGGGUCUGCGGGUCAUCAACAUAUAUGACAUCAACAACAAGACAUACCUCAUCAAAUUACAAGGCACUGACAAGAAAGAAAUGCUCCUGAUUGAGUCUGGCAUCCGCAUCAACAGCACAGACUUUGACUGGCCUAAGUCCAACAUGCCGUCCAACUUCAGCAUGAAGCUUCGGAAGCACUUGAAGAGCCGUCGCCUGAACCAGUUGCAUCAGCUGGGCAUGGAUCGAGUGGUGGACAUGCAGUUUGGCUCCGAUGAGGCUGCCUACCAUCUCAUCGUGGAGUUGUAUGAUAGGGGCAACAUCAUCUUGACCGACUCCGAGUACACCAUCUUAAAUCUUCUGAGGACACGAACAGACAGUGAGGAUGUCCGGUUUGCUGUGCGAGAAACCUACCCAGUGGAAGCUGCCAAGAAAUCAGAAGCACUUCCCGAACCCAACAGGCUCCAAGAGAUUUUAGCAACAGCCAAACCUGGGGAUCCUAUUCGCAAAAUCCUCAAUCCUCAUUUUGUUUUUGGUCCUGCAGUCAUUGAGCAUUGCUUGUUGCGACAAGGCUUCCCAUCCGGCGUCCGACUGGACAAAGAAUUCAGCCCAGAAACAGAUAUUCCUAGGCUGUUGUUGGCCCUGAGGGAGGCACAAGAGUUAAUGGAACAGUCUGGUCACCCACAAAAUAAGGGUUAUGUGAUACAAAAGACAGAGAAGAAACCAACUGCUGGUGAGGGAAGUGAAGAGACUGAAUUACUCACGUACACUGAAUAUCAUCCCUUCUUGUAUGAGCAGCAUGGGUCCAGCCCUUACAUUGAGCUUGACUCCUUCAACCAGGCAGUGGAUGAAUUUUACUCCAAACUGGAGAGCCAGAAAACUGAUAUGAAAGUUCUGCAACAGGAAAAAGAUGCAUUGAGAAAGCUGGAAAAUGUGAAGAAAGACCAUGAGAAACGUCUGGAACAGUUGAGCAAGACACAGGAGAUAGAUAAGCGGAAAGGUGAGCUUAUUGAGAUGAACCUCCCACUGGUGGACCAGGCCAUUAAAGUUGUCCGCAGUGCAAUAGCCAAUCAGAUUGAUUGGACAGAGAUUAAUAACAUCAUCCACGAAGCACAGGCUCAGCAGGACCCUGUUGCAUCAGCCAUCAGAAGCCUCAAAUUGGAUACCAACCAUAUCACCAUGAUGUUGAGGGAUCCAUAUGAAGACCAGCAGGAAGAAGACGAGAGCUUGGAAGAACCCGCCAAGAAACAGAAAAAGAAGAAGAAAGACAAGGCUAAUUACAUUGACAUUGACUUGGGCUUGUCAGCAUAUGCCAAUGCCAGACGGUUUUAUGAGCAGAAGAAGUUUGCAAAGAAAAAGGAGCAGCGGACAGUGGAUGCAUCUGAGAAGGCUAUCAAGUCGGCUGAAAAAAAAACAAAGCAGGCAUUGAAGGAUGUUGCAACAGUUGCAAGCAUCAACAAGACAAGAAAAACUUACUGGUUUGAAAAGUUCUACUGGUUCAUAAGCUCUGAGAACUACUUAGUCAUUGCUGGAAGAGACCAACAGCAAAAUGAGAUGGUUGUCAAGAAAUACCUGUCACAAGAUGAUAUAUAUGUGCACGCAGACCUUCACGGAGCCAGUAGUGUGAUCGUUAAGAACCCAACAGGGGGCCCAGUACCGCCAGUAACACUCCAAGAGGCUGGUGUGAUGGCCAUAUGCUACAGUGUGGCAUGGGAUGCCAAGGUGGUGACCAGUGCCUGGUGGGUGCAUCAUGAUCAGGUUUCCAAAACAGCCCCCACAGGAGAGUACCUGACAACUGGUAGCUUCAUGAUAAGAGGUAAAAAGAAUUACCUGCCACCAGCACAGCUUAUGAUGGGUUUCGGUUUCAUGUUCAAGGUAGAUGACUCGUGUGUCUGGAGGCACAAGGAUGAGAGGCGUGUGCGCGGUGUUGAAGAAGAUGACAUGUCCCUGGCUGACAGCUCUACAGUUGAUGGCUCUUUUGAUGAAGAGAUACAGCUAGCAGAUGACAGCGAUGAUAGCAUUGACAAUGACAGCAGGAAUGGAAAAGAGGACAGUCAGGCUGGCAUGGCCAUUGUGGAUAUGGAGGACGAUGACAGUGAUGACGAAGAUGAGCAAAGAGAUAAGAGGGGUAAGGUAGUUGAGACUCACCUCUCUAGUGAUGAUGAUAUGGCCUAUCCAGACACUGCCAUCCAGCUUCAUCAUGUCCAGGGUGCCAAAUUAGAACCUGAGAGGUCACGGGGGUCAAGUGUUCUCAGUGCUGGAAGCCACCAUUCUAGUGAGGGGGAUGCCGAGAUGAAAAUUUACCUUGGUGAUGACCAGCCAGUAUUGAUUAGUGUUGACAGACAAGGCAGCAAACAGACCGGAAAACAGUACCUCUCAGCCAAGCAGAAAAGACAGUUGAAGAAGCAGAAAAGAAAAACAAGCGGCAACUUGGACGAUGGUGAUGCAGAAGCCGAGGGGAAGCAAGAACCAGGAAUGGAAGAAGUCCCUUCAGAGGAUGACCCAAGGAUGCCGGGCUUGGACAUUGACGAGGAAACUGAGAUGAGGGAAGAUACAGAAGAGCAAGAAGUGGACAAGAAGAAAGAGGUUGCAGCAGGCCAACCCCCUCAACAGCUGAAGCGAGGUCAGAAGAACAAGCAGAAGAAAAUCAAACAGAAAUACAAGGACCAAGAUGAAGAGGAAAGACGGCUGAAAAUGGAGAUCCUUGCUUCUGCUGGGUCACCCAAAGAGCUGAGAGGUAAAAAGGCCAAACAGGCUCGCAAACAACAACUCCUGGAGGAAAAACACCAACAGAUGAAACAGAAACAGAGACAGAGGAACCAGGCUGGGAAGCAGCAGGGAGGACGUCACACAGGGGAGACAGACAGACAGCUACAAGAGAAAAUGCAAAGGGUGACCAUGACAGAUGAGCAAGAUGAUGACAGUGUACAGCCGGUUGUGUUCAAGCAUGCUUGGAAACCUAAGAAAGGUCCAGCACACGAUGAAGAUACAGGCGGGCUGUCAGAUGAAGACCAGGAGGCAUCACUCAAAGAUGAACAUUCUCAACUCAUGAAGGAGAGCUCAAGCAUUUUGGACUCAUUAACCGGUUGUCCUCAUACUGAGGAUGGGUUACUAUUUGGUCUUCCAGUUUGUGCACCUUACUCUGUAAUGCACAACUACAAAUUCAAGGUGAAGUUGACUCCAGGAUCAGGAAAGAGAGGCAAAGCGGCAAAGACUGCCUUGAACAUGUUUCAAUUCUCCAAGGAAACAACCAGUCGAGAAAAGGAUCUAUUCAAGAGUGUCAAGGAUACUGACCUGUCCAGGAACUUACCAGGAAAAGUAAAGGUGUCUGCUCCUAACCUACAGAAAACCAAGUCUAAGACCAAGAAGAAAUGACACAUUACAAUAAGGGACAGGUAGCAGCACUUUACAUCUCCAUGCUGAGGCAUUGGUUCUCAUCUUUGCAUGACUCUUACACUGAGUUUGAGACUGUGUCCCAAAAGGCAUGUCUGUUUUCUGCAGCGCACCGAUGGGAAAAAGACACUCUGGCUAAAAACUACUCGAUUUGGAUGCAAUCCAAAUCCCAAUGGAAACUGUGCAGUGUACAUCUCGUGAAGUCAUGGUUCAAAAUUGUAUAUUCUAGUUUUUUUCUGACACCCAGUCGAUCCUGGGGUUAAGAGAAGAGAAUUGACUCGCCAUGCUCUUCUGCAUUCUUCUAACACUCGGGCAUUUGCAUUUAGGUAUUGCCUGUGGGAGAGUUAGUGCUUCUAAGUUGUGAUUAUUACUUCCGUUGUCUUCAGGCCUUCAUACGUUGGGCAUUGGUCCUAGGCAAAUUCUGGUGUUAUCAUCAUGACUGUGUAUAGAUGUCAAUACUUGAUGCAGAAAAUUUUAUGAAAGUUAAAAGAUUAUGCCAGAUACAUGUUAAAGAAAAUAUUUAGCAAAUUUUUCUUCAUUGCAAAGUACUGUUAGAUUUACCGUUGUAAUUUGUUUUGUGUUCGUGUAACUUUGGAACUAUGACAAUUUUAAUACAAUCCACAUAAAGCAAGCCUUAUUUAGUCAUAUCAACAUUCAUCCUCUCUCAGUGGUUUUUAUUCUUUGCAAGGUUUUGGAAACAAAAUCAUUAUUGGGUAUUUGAAUAAGACUGCCUUGCAAUAGCGAAUAUCAGCCCUUGUGUCAUUGGAGUCAUUGAAACAUUUCUUUUUGUAGAAAAUACUGAUUUGCUUUCAAAUAAAAAAAUGUAAACAGGAAAUGUAUGUAUCAUAAUGAAUCAACAUAAAUUCCUUCAGUUUGAAAGUAGUGAUUUGAUGUUGUGGUUUUUUGGGGGAGGGGAGGGGUAAGUUGAAAAUAAAACCUGUGAAUAUGGAAGAAUAUACAUUAAUUCCAAUCAGUACCCCUGAGUGAAGAUCAUACCCAGCACAUUGCCCAUGCACAUUAAUUAGUCGAACACAAGGAUUGAACUGUGUAAAGCCCUAUGAUCCAUUCUCAUCACCUACAGUAUCCCAAGUUUGUAGAAAUGACACUCCCUGCCAAUCCUUCACAUAUUUCCCAUCAUAUUGUUUGCUGUCUUGUAUGUUUAACCCUAACAGUCCUCAGUCCUCCAACAGGUGAAGGAUUGAGGACUGUUAGGGUUAAUUAUAAAGACAGAAACUCAAACUAGUCGUGCAUUGUAUACAAAUGGAACCACCUUCAGAAUCAGGGAUGGCUGUUUUGGAUGCCUUUCUUCAGCAAAAUCAACAUUGCCUGGUAUUAUUGUGGACAAAUUAGUGUAAUCUCAAGAGGAAACUUACAAAGCAUUCUCAGUUACACAACCAGUUCUCUGUUUUCAAGUUUCAGUGUUCAAGACAUUUUUUAAUGUGAGAAAUCUUUGAAUUUUCUCUCCUGAAAGUAACAGGAUUUCAUUUUGGCUUUCAAAAUUGUAUUAUCCAUUUCAUUAUGUUUGUGAAUGUUAAAGGUUAUGACUGACCCUAAACUUUCCCAACCAUUUCAAACUGUUGGUACUUACCACUGAUUAUGUAAGGGGAAGAAAUAUGUAUGUUAAUAACCAUGGUGAAUUUAUUUGUAUAUGAAAUAAAUAUAUUUGGAUUGCAUAA